AUGACUGGGGAUUGGAAGAACCGACCAGCAAGGGUUCAGUUACAGGAGUCUGACCUACCUUCAUCAGUACCGCCUCAGACGGGUUUGGCUUUCAACGUAUGGUACAACAAAUGGUCACAGGGGCAAAGUGGGUCCACUAGGUUCGUCACACCGUACUCGCUUGAUCCCGAGAACGAUUCUGGUAUCACUAAAGGUGAUAAAGAGGGUCGGAUUCAUUUCUGUUUGUAUUUCGCUAAGGGAAUGUGCUGUUUAGGCAAAAAUUGUCGGUACUUGCAUCAUAUUCCAGAGCCAGAUGAUUUUGCGAGGUUAGCUUUGCAUUCCUCUGCGUUAGAUUGUUUUGGAAGAGAGAAAUUUGCUGAUUAUAGAGAUGAUAUGGGUGGGGUAGGUUCCUUCAAGAAACCUAACCGUGUCUUAUACGUGGGUGGUAUUACAGGGGCACUCAACAACAAAACUUUGAAACCACAUCAGAUUGAGAAUAGAGUGAAAUACAAGUUCGGGAAACUUGGAGAAUUGGAUUCUGUUCGAUACGUGGAGAGUAAGAAUUGUGCCUUUGUCAAGUUCAAAUUACAGUGUAACUCCGAAUUUACUAAGGAAGCAAUGGGCAAUCAGACUCUAUUAAUACCAACCGAUAAAGAGUGGGAUCUAAGGAAGGAGGGAACUGGGUUGCUUGUGAAAUGGGCGAACGAGGAUCCUAAUCCAGCUGUACGAAAGAGAGAAUUGGAAGAACAAACCCAAGAGACUUUGAAAGCUAUAAAACAACUAGUGGCUAGUACUGAAGGCACUGUAAAUCAAAAACGUAAAGUUGAAGAAAUCAACGAAGUGAGAGAUUCGCAGGCGAACAGUCGUGAAAGAUUCAGCAUUAGGGAGAAUGCAAUCAUAGAUAAGACUAUUUUAGAUAAGUUGAAACAAAGGAAAGUGACUAUUACCAAUACCAACGUUGCUGCAAAUAUAACAGUUUCAAAACCAUCGUCGGUUUUACCUUUGGUAACCCAAUAUUCAUCUGAUGAAGACUAG